ACCUCCCUCCCCAAGUCAGUCCCCUAGCCUGUAGCGACUAGCGAGUAGCAACCAUGUCACCCGCCGCCGCCACAGCCUUCUCCGCGGCCUCCGUCGCCACCCCCCGCGGCCGCGUGAGCAUUCCGCUACGCGGGGUCCCCGCUGCCCCACGCCGCGUCGUCGCCUCGAUGGCCGUGUCCGCCCCCAGGUCCGGCAUCGCCACCUCGUUCCUCGAGCGCCGCGAGUCCGAGCGCGCUCUCCACUACCAGGUGUCCGCCCCCAGGUCCGGCGCCGCCGCCGCCGCCUCGUUUGUCGAGCGCCGUGAGUCCGAGCGCGCUCUCCACUUCGUCAAGUACCAGGGCCUCGGCAACGACUUCAUCUUGGUGGACAACAGGGACUCGUGGGUGCCCAAGGUGACGCCGGAGGAGGCCGUGAAGCUGUGCGACCGAAACUUCGGCAUUGGCGCCGACGGCGUCAUCUUCGUCAUGCCGGGGGUCAAUGGUGCGGAUUACAACAUAAAGAUCUUCAACUCUGACGGCAGCGAGCCGGAGAUGUGUGGUAAUGGAGUCCGUUGCUUUGCUCGGUUUAUAGCCGAGAUUGAAAAUCUGCAGGGGACAAAUAGCUUCACUAUUCAUACUGGUGCUGGAAAGAUCAUUCCUGAAAUGCAAAGUGAUGGGCAGGUAAAGGUUGAUAUGGACGAGCACAUCCCUUCUGGACCAGACAUCCCCACAAAACUGCUAGCUACCAAGAACAAAGCUGUUGUCCAAGCCAAAUUGGUAGUUGAGGGCUUACCAUGGCAUGUCACAUGUGUUAGCAUGGGUGUCACAUUUGGUGCAAAGGAGGUGAAGGUAAAGGUUGAUAUGGGCGAGCCCAUCCUUUCUGGACCAGGCAUCCCCACAAAACUGCUAGCUACCAAAAACAAAGCUGCUGUCCAAGCCGAAUUGGCAGUUGAGGGCUUAACAUGGCAUGUCACAUGUGUUAGCAUGGGCAACCCUCACUGUGUCACAUUUGGUGCCAAGGAGUUAAAGGUUGACGAUUUAAAAUUUAGCAAAAUUGGGCCUAAAUUUGAGCGUCAUGAAAUGUUUCCUGCUCGCACGAACACAGAGUCCGUACAGGAUUCGUCUUGCUCACACCUCAACAUGAGAGUCUGUGGGCAUGGUGCCGUGAUUAUUGCAGCUGUGGUCAUUAUGGUGACCUUGGCCUGUAGGGUGAUGUCUGGGCUCAAGAAGAAGGCUAGUGGAAGAAAGAAGGCAAUGCUUUCUUUCUUUUUCUUUUUUGAUCUGUAAAUUAAGUUGUUAAUGAAUCUGCUUCAUGUAUGAUGCACAUAUCAUACACACGGUUGUCUGCAUAGCUAAGAAGUGCAGAUGUGCAGGCACAUGGCAACGCCAUUGAUAGUGUAUACGGUGCCCUACAGUAGGGGAUGGUCAUUUACACAGUGCCGAUGGGGUGGUAAUUUACAUAGUGCAGAUGCGAUGACUGAUGUAUAUUUACAGGAGCAUACACUACAUAUCUGUUGAUGUUGUUAUAUGAUAUAGAAAUAAUAAAGCGGUCGUCUUGGACUCCGUA